CCCCCAUUGAACUGUGUGGCUGGGCUCUGUGUCCGGCUCUUGUCCUCCUCUUGUCCUUGUCUUGGCCGCGCCCCUGAACUCUGUGGCUGGUCUCUGUGGCCCGGUUUACUGGAGAGGAGUGUGGCCAAACAAAUAGCGAUGUCAAUGUCGACAAAAUUAUUUUGAUGAAGCAGUUUGCUCUUGGGGUGAAGGUAGGGCGUACCAAGAAAUCGAGUUUUGACUAAUAUUGGUCUAGACGAAUCGUUUUGACACUGAUUGGGGUCUAUGUUUGUAUAAUUUUUCCCCCUUGUCAAUUGGGUCCUGUGUCACGCCAGAAGUUGAGGCAAGGCAUGACCGCGCUGUGCCACAUCUGUGGAAUUCGUAGUCGAGUCGUGGAUUCACAGGUAACCGGUAACUUUGAAUGCCAAGCUCCGGUAGGCCUGUGCUACCCAUGGCCAGCAAAUCGCUGGAUCAGACCUUCAUUUUACCUGCAGGAAAAAGCCGCCCCCGUGAAAAUAACAUAUACCCAUUUAGAAAACUGAACGGGCAUAAGUAGCAUUGAUGCACAACUGCUGUGUAAAGUCUCAAACUUAUUAAGAUUCUAUAUAGAUUAGAUUAACUUUUGCACAGAGUUGGAAAUCUUAAGCUUUGAAGAUAAGAAGAAGACGGGCUAUAAGAAGGUGUACAAAAGAGUGUACAUGGCAGGUCAGGAAAACGAAGAUGAGUUAUACUUGGGGAUACUUGAAAGAAUAAUCCAACUUCUGUAGGAAUGUUUUUGUUGGCUUCUUGCAGCUGCAAUGAACAGGUUGUGGAUGAAGUACGCACAGGCACUUAUCGCCAGCUCUUCCAUCCUGAGCAGUUGAUUUCGGGCAAGGAAGAUGCUGCCAACAACUUCGCUCGUGGGCACUAUACCAUUGGCAAAGAGAUUGUCGACCUGGUGCUAGACCGUAUUCGCAAACUUGCUGACAACUGCACCGGAUUGCAGGGAUUCUGUGUCUACAAUGCUUGCGGCGGUGGUACUGGAUCAGGCUUGGGUUGCCUCAUGUUGGAGAGAUUGUCAGUGGAUUACGGCAAGAAGAGCAAGAUUUCUUUCACUGUUUGGUGUUGCCCACAAGUCGCCACUGCAGUCGUGGAACCCUACAACACCGUGCUGUGUGUCCACUCCUUGUUGGAGCACACCGAUGUGACCAUCAUGUACGACAACGAGGCUCUCUACGACAUUUGUCGCAGGAACCUCGACAUCGAGCGCCCAACCUACACGAACCUCAACCGCUUGAUCGCCCAGAUCAUCUCAAGUUUGAAUCUAGGCAUCUAUGUUUUGAUCGAUGUGCUGGACAAGCACGAUUGUCACAGGCCAUAG